AUGGUCACGGAAGUUGGGUUGGGAACUAGAGGUCUCGGAACAGAGGGGUCACGGAACACAGGGGUCACGGAAACAGAGGGUUCACGGAAACAGAGGGGUCACGGAACACAGGGGUCACGGAAACAGAGGGGUCACGGAGGUCACGGAACACAGAUCCGAUGGUGUCCAAUAAGCAGUAACAAUGCCAACAACAACGAUUUUGACAAUGUCGAUGUCAAGGACGAUGACGAUGACGAUGACGAUGACGAUGACGAUGACGAUGACGGUGACGAUGAUGGUGGCGAUGGCAAUGGCAAGUUUAGAGAGAUACCCAAAGCAAAUAGUUUCAGAACAAGCACAUAA